AUCAAUCAAACCACUGCCAUCAUCACACCAGAUUGGCGCUCACUAACAAGGCGCAUUGAUUCAGUUAAUUACUUGAGCUGAACCUACUAUUAUCACCACAGCUACCUUAUCAUCAUGGACUCAGCCGAAAACCUCUACGAUAAAGUCCGUGAGCACUACAGCGCUGCCUCACGUGGCACCAGCGUCAAGUACAGCGAGGCCGUGGCCAAAUCCUUCGGCUAUAGUGCCGACGAGCUGGCCAGCAUCCCGCAAGCCGCCAACCUGGGCCUCAGCUGCGGCAACCCCCUGGCCAUUGCCAGUCUGAAAGAGGGGGAAACGGUAUUGGACUUUGGCUGUGGUGCCGGCUUCGACGUCUUUCUGGCCUCCAAGAAAGUAGGGCCUUCGGGCCGGGCCAUCGGCAUCGAUAUGAACGAGGACAUGCUCGCCCGCGCCAACCAGAUCCUGGCCUCCUCCCGGGCAAACGACGGCGGCGACAACGGCAACAUCACCUUCCUCAAGGCCAACAUCACCUCGGGGGUGCCCCUGCCGGACGGCACGGCCGACUGCAUCAUCUCCAACUGCGUCGUCAACCUGGUCCCGCACGCCGACAAGCCCGCCGUCUUCGCCGAGAUGUACCGCCUCCUCCGCCCGGGCGCCCGCGCCCGCGCCCGCGUCGCCCUGUCCGACAUCCUGGCCAAGCGCCCGCUGCCGGAGCGCCUGCGCGCCGACCUGGCCAUGUACGUCGGCUGCAUCGCCGGGGCCGCGCAGGUUGCCGAGUAUCAGGCCUGGAUGGAGGCAGCCGGGUUCCGCGGUAAGAUUUCGUUCUCUUCUUGUUUUCUUUUUAUCCCCACCUCCCCUCUCUUUGUUCUUUAAUACUUUGUUUAUCUUCCUCUUCUUCUCGGCGCGCUUGUUUUCCUUCCUUCCAUGC